GCGAGGGGGGGGAGGGAGUUUCCAAUCUACCGUGGGCAGUGUCGGUGGAGAUAAUUUGUGUGUGUCGGGGCGGACUGACUGAUUUAAAGUGUGUUUUGGUUUUUAAUUAAAAUUCGGGUUUUUUUCUGCCUUGUUUUCGAAAACAAUACGAGUGAGGCCUGGACCGUACCGGGAGCCGCUCCUGGUCGACUCGAUACAACGCACUUCACUGACGAUGAGGGUGAAAGUGGUGGCGGCCGACGCCGAGUUUCAGCCCGAGUUGACCAACGCCGGCUGCAGGUUAACGGUGGUGAAGUUCACCAUGAAAGGAUGUGGACCGUGUGUGAGAAUAGCUCCAACUUUCAGUGCAAUGAGUUCGAAAUACCCACAUGCUGUCUUCUUGGAAGUUGAUGUGCAUCAGUGUCAGCAAACAGCAACAGCCAACAACAUCACAGCAACACCAUCAUUUUUAUUCUUCCGAAAUAAAGUAAGAAUUGAUCAGCUUCAUGGAGCAGAUGCCAACGGAUUGGAAGAGAAAAUUAAACAGCAUCUGGAAAAUGAUCCUGGAAUUGAAGAUCUGGACAUUCCUAGAGGAUAUAUGGAUUUGAUGCCUUUUAUUAAUAAGGCUGGGUGUGAGUGUCUUAACGAAAGUGAUGAAUAUGGAUUUGAUAAUUGUCUACAAAAAGACACAACAUAUUUGGAAUCUGAUUGUGAUGAACAGGUAAGGGUUUUUAAUGCUUUUGGAAUAGGCUAAAAGUACGAUUUGAGA